UUUGUUUUGCUUUUUUCUUUUUUCUUUUUUCUUUUUUCUUUUUCUUCUUCUUCUCUCUUCCCGUUCGUGUGUGCGAGUAAUGUGAGUCUGUGACUGUGCGAGGCUUCACCUUCACUUUUGUUUUCGAACGAGUAUAAAUCUUUGAUUUUGCUCUCUCACUCUUAUGCCCUCUUUUAUUGUCAACGCUUACGAAAAGAGGAACCUUGGGAAGUUUACUACUACUUCCCUUCUUCAUCUAAAGCUCAUUUGCUUUCCUUUCUUUGCCCUGUUGCUUUCUCUUUUUGUAUUGUUUUUGGGGCUGCUUCAAUUUUCAACCUUGUCCCUUUGCUUAAUUCUCCAAAGCUCUCACUAAGCUUCACUCAACGCCUCCCCUUCAGCUUCGUAUCAUCAGGUUAUUUUCUGAAGUAAUCUUCCAAUGGAGAAGGCUAACGGCUGCAUUUCGAGGCCAUCCAGGAAAAGAAAGUUGCCUGAAGAAGGCAAUGCUAUGUUGAACUUAUCCUUGGAUGAGCUCACUGACGACCUCCUUGAAAGGGUUCUUUCGUGGUUAUCAACAUCGACGUUCUUUCGCCUCCUUUCAGUGUGCAAGAGAUGGAAAUCAGUUGCUGCUUCUGAAGGUUUUAAGCUGGCAUGCUUUAGGAUUCCUUCAAGGGAACCUUGGUUUUUCAUGGUGGAUCCCCGCCUUAAUCAAUCAGUGGUUUUUGACUCUGCUGAGAGAAACUGGAAAAAACUCAACCAUCCGCCUCUCCUCUCGAGUAACUGUAACCGUGACUCCAUCCCGGUUGCAGCGGCUGGUGGGCUUGUGUGUUUCCGCAAUAUGUCCGGUGAUUACUUUGUAUGCAAUCCGGUGACAGGAUCAUGCCGUGAACUACCUCCAGUGAAUCCGGACUCUCUUGAUCCGCCACUUCUGGCUAUAGCAGUGAAUGCAUAUUCCAAUUACUCCUACAAGCUAGUCUUAGUCUCUGGUGAUCUUUCGAAGCUUUCGUUCAAAGUUUAUAACUCUAGUUCUGACUGCUGGGAAGAGAAGAUUAUUUUAAGGAGAAAAACCGAUGAUGAUUGUACAGAACUUGAUUCAAAUGACAACGAUGAUGAUGCCAUGUAUUUCCUUAGCAAAGCUGGAAACGUAGUGGCAACUAACAUGCAGAGAAGCCCAUCCAAGCAAUAUUCAUCGGUUAUUACUCUUAAAGACGGUGAUGAGAUUGUUUAUUUUCUCAGCUCCUCCGGGACAGUCGUGGCUUGCAAUCUGACCCAGAAGCACCUCUCUGAAUAUCCCAGACUGUUGCCUGUCUUUUUCGAGUACUCCAUCGAUGUGGUGGAGUGUAAAGGAGAGAUGUUGGUAGUUAUGUUAUCGGAAUUCUUUGAAAGUGCAAGCCUUAGGGUGUGGAGAUUUGGUGAGAAAACAAAGACUUGGCUUCAGGUUGCAAGCAUGCCUCCUGCAAUGUCACACGUGUAUUAUGGCAAGAAAGUUGACGUAAAUUGUGUUGGGGCAGGCGACCAGAUAUUUAUCUGCUUAAGCUCUGUUGAGCUUUGCAGUUAUGUUCUCUGUGAUAUCGUGGCUAACGAAUGGAUCGAACUUCCCAAGUGUUGUAUGAAUGGUGAAGCCAUGAACUUCAUGUCUGCUUUCUCUUUUGAGCCGAGGAUUGAAGCUUGUGUAUGAACACAUUGUGGACUCUGCUAUGUUUUGAAGGAUUUGAUAAUGAUCUCUGUGAUUCUCUUUUCCUUUUUUUUACCCUUUGCUUAAUUUAUUUUGUACUUUCUUGUAUUCUUGUAGAGCAUUGAUUUUCUUCAC